AUGUCUCUGAUCCUCUGGCUUAUUGCCGGUAUUAUUUCAACUUGUGGUGCUAUGGUGAUGCUGGAGUUUGGAUCAGCCAUCCCAAGGUCCGGUGGCAUAAAAAUUUACCUGGAGCGUUCAUUCUCACCAAAGCUGCUUCAGACCUGCGUUUAUCUUUUCUAUUGCGUGUUUCUUCAGGUAUCGGCUAGUAAUGCCUAUACAUUUUCAUCCUACCUACUGCUCGCAACUGGUGUAGAUCAAACUACUUGGAAAGUCCGUGGAGUCGCCACCGCUUCGGCUGUAUUCGCCGUAGGAGGUCAUUUGAGAAUUGACAAUCCUCAUAACUUUGACAUCUCGACCUCCUUUCAGGGAACAUCUAGCAAUGGAUAUAAUAUUGGAACAGCGCUGCUGAAUGCUAUUUUCGCAUUUCAGGGAUACGAUAAUGUCAAUGCGGUCCUAUCUGAAGUCAAGGAUCCGAAGAGGACGCUACAGAUUGCCCUGCCAUCCGCCAUGGCUGUCAUUACUUUUGCUGCGGUGCCCAAAGAAGACUUUAUAUCCUCUAAGAUUACCAUUGCUGCUUCUCUGUUUCGGAAUGUUUUUGGGGAUUCGGCAGCUACAAAAGCUCUACCAGCACUUGUGGCCAUUUCUGCAUUGGGCCACCUUCUCGGAAUUGCAUUCACAGUCCCUCGCGUGAUUCAAGAACUCGCUAAGGAUGGUGUGACUCCGUUUCCCAACACGAUAAUGCAGAACAGACCAUUUAAAACUCCCAUCUUCGCACUUGCCUUGCACCUGGGCGUUACAAUCCUCUUCAUUUGCGCCCCUCCAGCAGGUGACGCUUUCAAUUUCAUCGUCAGCUUGUCUUCAUACCCUACAACCUUCCUUCUGACUGCUAUCACCAUCGGAUUGGUGAAAUUGCGUCUGUCGAACACCGAAAGGUGGAAUCCUACACGCCCAACGCCUUGGUUUGUGAUUGCACUUUAUAUUGCUGGAAACAUUUUUCUUCUUGUCAUGCCCUUUGUUCGUCCGCCUAAUGGUAAAGGCAACACGAGCCUUCCAUACUGGCUUACCUCUGUCGUUGCUCUUGGCAUCUUGUCAUUGGGGGUCAUCUACUAUGUGUUGCGAUUCGUUCUUGCUCCCCGGGUGUUUGGUUAUGUGUUACAGCCAACAGUAGUGGACUUGAGCGAUGGCUCCCAAGUAACUCGGUAUAAGACGAUCAGAUAA